AGUUCACUGCAUGUCUUCCUUGCUGAUGUUGCUCGAGAAAUGUGAAACGAUUAUCUUACUGGUUAACUUUUCCUUUUCUAAUUGUAGUCAGCCGUUCAGUAACCAUGAAAACGAGAUUCACCACGGUGGAUAUCAGGGCAGUCAUUGCCGAGAUAAAUGCCAACUACAUUGGCAUGAGAGUUAACAACGUGUAUGACAUCGACAACAGGACGUAUCUCAUCCGUCUGCAAAAGCCUGACAGCAAAGCUGUUCUCCUGGUUGAGUCUGGGACUCGUAUUCACUCCACAGACUUCGAAUGGCCCAAGAACAUGAUGCCUUCGGGCUUUGCAAUGAAGUGUCGGAAACACCUGAAGUCUCGGCGGCUGACCCAGGUUAAGCAGCUCGGGAUUGACAGGAUUGUUGACAUCCAGUUUGGCUCCGAUGAGGCUGCCUACCACUUGAUUGUUGAGCUGUAUGACAGGGGUAACAUCAUUCUUGCAGACCAUGAGUACACCAUCCUGAAUCUGCUGCGGUUUCGUACAGCAGAGGCGGAGGCAGAGGAUGUAAAGAUUGCUGUGAGAGAGCGGUACCCUGUGGAGAGCGCCCGACCCCCUGAGCCUCUCAUCAGUUUAGAGCGACUCACUGAAAUCCUCAGCAAAGCAUCGCAUGGCGAUCAAGUGAAAAGGGUCCUGAACCCUCACCUUCCUUAUGGAGCCACUCUGAUAGAACACAGUUUGAUAGAGGCGGGACUGCCGGGCUCUGUCAAAGUUGACAGUCAAGUUGAUGCUGCCCAAGUUGCUCCUAAAAUCUUGGAAGCCAUGCAGAUUGCAGAAACAUACAUGGAAAAGACAGAGAACUUCAGUGGCAAAGGUUACAUCAUUCAAAAGAGUGAGAAGAAACCAAGCUUAACUCCUGGCAAACCCAGCGAAGAACUGCUUACAUAUGAUGAAUUCCACCCAUUCCUCUUUGCCCAGCAUGCAAAGAGCCCCUAUGUGGAGUUUGAUACUUUUGACAAGGCAGUGGAUGAGUUCUUUUCUAAGAUGGAGAGUCAGAAGAUUGACAUGAAGGCCUUGCAGCAGGAGAAACAGGCUCUGAAGAAGCUGGAGAAUGUUAAGAGGGACCACGAGCAGAGACUGGAGGCAUUGCACCAAGCACAGGAGGUGGACAGACUAAAGGGUGAACUGGUGGAGAUGAACCUGCCUGUGGUAGAGAGGGCGCUGCAGGUGGUGCGCAGUGCACUGGCCAAUCAGGUGGACUGGACUGAGAUCGGCAUCAUCGUUAAAGAAGCACAAGCUGCCGGGGACCCUGUGGCCUGCGCCAUCAAGGAGCUGAAGCUGCAGACCAACCACAUCACCAUGCUCUUAAAGAAUCCCUAUAUUUCUGAAGAAGACCUGGAAGAGGAGGAGAAAAAAGAUGUGGUAGAGGAGAAAGGAAAGAAAAACAAAAAUAAAGACAAAGGACAGACCAAGAAGCUGCAAAAGAACAAGCCCGUGUUAGUGGAUGUGGAUCUUGGCCUGUCGGCUUAUGCCAAUGCCAAAAAGUACUAUGACUACAAACGCAGCGCUGAAAAGAAGGAACAUAAAACCAUUGAAGCAGCAGAUAAGGCAAUGAAGUCCGCAGAGAAAAAAACACAGAAAACACUAAAAGAGGUUCAGACUGUGACCACCAUUCAGAAGGCCAGGAAAGUCUACUGGUUUGAGAAGUUCUUAUGGUUCAUCAGCUCAGAGAAUUAUCUGGUCAUUGCAGGAAGGGAUCAGCAGCAGAACGAGAUGAUCGUCAAACGCUACCUCCGGGCAGGUGACGUCUAUGUUCAUGCCGACCUCCACGGAGCGACUAGCUGUGUCAUUAAAAACCCCUCAGGUGACCCCAUCCCGCCUCGUACCCUGACUGAAGCUGGCACUAUGGCUGUGUGCUACAGUGCUGCUUGGGAUGCCAAGAUCAUCACCAGCGCUUGGUGGGUUCAUCAUCAUCAGGUGUCUAAGACAGCUCCCACUGGAGAGUACCUGACCACUGGAAGUUUUAUGAUCAGAGGAAAGAAGAACUUUCUGCCACCUUCUUACUUGAUUAUGGGUUUUGGAUUUCUCUUCAAGGUCGAUGAGCAGAGUGUGUUUCGUCACAGAGGGGAGAGAAAGGUGAAGACUGUGGAGGAAGACGUGAAUGAGGUCACGUCCAGAACUGCUGAGCUGUUGGAGGAGGAGGGGGAGGAGCUGAUAGGUGAUGACAGCAGUAAUGAAGACCAGGGUGAAGAAGGAGCAGGAGGAGAUGGAGAAAUGGAAAAGAAGAUUAAAAAAUUAGCUGAGGGGGACGAUGGUGUGAGUGAACAGCUGGCUGCUGUUCCUGAGGAGGUCAACGUGGAGGAAAGCAGCGGGGAAGAAGAGGAGAUGAAGAACGAAGAGAGUGAUGACUUCAGCUUUCCAGAUACGACCAUCUCCCUCUCUCAUUUACAGCCCAACAGGAGCGUCCAGAACCCUGGUUUCAAAAAGGAAGUGACCACUCAGGUGGAGGUGGACUCACAGGGGAAGAAACACAUGACUGCCAAGCAGAGAAGAGAGGAGAAGAAGAAGAAGCAGAAACAGGAAGAGUGCGACGCUGAGGAGAAGACGGAGGUUUCAUCUGGUGGAUCAACGGUUGAUCAGGGAUCCAAAGGUGGAGGAGGCUCCUCCCAGCAGCCACUGAAGAGAGGCCAAAGGAACAAAUUAAAGAAGAUCAAAGAGAAGUACAAGGACCAGGAUGAAGAGGACAGGGAGCUGAUGAUGCAGCUGCUCGGGUCAGCUGGUUCCACCAAGGACGACAAGGAUAAGGGGAAGAAAGGAAAAAAGGGGAAGGGGAAAGACGAACCCGUCAGGAAACCAGCCUCUCAGAAACCACCCCAGAAACCUCGUCAUACGGAGACCGCAGCGAGGACGGGCGGAGGGGACGAUCCUGAGGGCGGACAACCUGGAGAGGAGGGAGGGCCCGCUGAACAGGAGGAAAAGGAAGAUGAUGUGGACCAGGACAACCCCGGAGCAGAGGAAGCAGAGAACCUGCUCAGCUCUCUGACCGGCCAGCCUCAUCCUGAAGAUGUGCUGUUGUUUGCUGUGCCCGUCUGUGCUCCGUACACCGCCCUCUCCAACUACAAACACAAGGUGAAACUGACACCAGGUUCUCAGAAGAAAGGAAAAGCUGCACGCACUGCGGUUUUCAGCUUUAUGAAAGCCAAAGAGGCUUCAACCAGAGAGAAAGACCUGUUCCGCAGUGUCAAGGAUACUGAUCUGUCCAGAAACGUGCCAGGCAAAGUUAAAGUGUCUGCUCCAAACCUGCUGGCUGCCAAGAAGAAGUGAGAGACCUGAGAAGAAGUGGAUUUACAGUGUUUCAUCAGUUCGGUGGGACUCUGGCAACCUCAAACACUUACAGGUUAAGAUCUGAUCAUGACACGGUUCACAUACGAAUAAUUUUAUUGUAAAGAUUGAUGUAUGAUUGCGUAUUUUUUGACCAACAGUUUGUUUAAAAUGAAACCAUGUAAAUGAACAAAGCUGACCGAACACAUCGUAUGGCAUGUGUUUAUUCUUUAAUUACAAAUUAAGAAGUAUGCAUUGUAUUCUACAAUAAAAAAAACAACAACAACAACAACAAGGGAACAUUGUGCAAACCAGGCAAAUACAAAUAAAGCCCUACUGACAUGAGGCAUUUCAGUGCAACAUGGCUCAACAUCCAAUACACUCGCAGUAUUUUAAGUCAUUGAUUAAAUAAAAUGAAAAUGCUACAAGAGCCACUCAUGACAACUGAAAGGCUUUAAAAGCCAUUUUCACGACAAAGAACUCACAUUUCCUCACAAAUAUAUAAAUUACUAUAUAUAUUUAUAUAUUUAAAUAAAAACUGAAAAUUAGCAUAUCUGUGGCUUCAGAGUAGAUAGUCUUGUGAAACAAAGCACUAGUUUUAGGUCUGUGAGAACUAUCCAAGAUCGAACAAACAUCUGUACUCAAGCUUGUGUCAAACAUCUGUUACAGGAAUCAUUUAAGUGACCGGCUCCUAAAAAAAAAGCACCAUUAAAACAAACUAAGCCUGUGAAUAUACUGAAUUUGAAUAAUUGAAUUGUGAAAAUUAAAAUUCCAUUGUGGGGAAAAAGCAGCACUACUGUGGCACCUCUCCCCCAUUUAGUGAAUUAAGAGUUUAUUUGGAACAAAUCAGAGUUGGUGGAGAUUGCUGGAACAGUGGAAAGAGGAACCAAGAAGGUUUUUGUUUUCAUCACCUUUGAAUGAAGUGAUUUAUGGUGUUUUGAUGCUAAAAUUACUGUUUCUGUUUAUGGAGUCUGGUGACUUAAAAAAAAAAAAAAGUCGAUCUCUGAAGGGAUUCUUUCCAUAAUGUUGGCAGAAACCUAGAAUAACAAUCCAAGGCUGUCAGUGGCAAAAACAAACUUUUAGUGGACAUAUAUUGGCAGUGCAUUAACACCUGGAGGUAUUACAUUAUUUUGUGGCUCCCGGGUGCAGCGCUGUCUCUCAAUACUGGACCAAUUUAAAAAAAUUGUUGUCCCCAUUAGUCACUUGGACACAAAAACAUGGGAAUUAGGAUCCAUAGUCACUGAUAAUAUUUGACCAGAAUUCCUCCCUAAAAUCUGCCUCGACACAUGGACCGGCACCAAUUGGAAACUCACUUUCAAUAAUUGAAAAUAAAAUGUAG